CCCAGGCAGGGCCGCGGGAUGGUUGCAGGGAGGAAGAACCCAGCUCCCCGCUGCCUCUGUAACACUAUCAGUCCUGCUCUCCCCACCAGCCACCUCUGGCUCUGCUUCCCAGCUCGCAGCAGAUGAGUAAUGCCACACGUGCCUUGCCCUCUCCUGUGGCAGCCAGCACCCUGGAGACCAGCACAGCAGCCAGGCUGGCCUCAGCUCCCCCAUCCCCAGCCCUCGUCCUGCUCACGGCUGCCCACAAUGACUCUGAGGAUGGCCAGCAGCUUUUCCUGACCACGACAGCAGCACAGGUCAUCUCUGGCAUCUUUGUGUGGUCGGCACUCAUCGUCACCUUCCACCAGAUCUACACACACCUGAGGAAUUACACGGUCCCCAAGGAGCAGCGCUACAUCAUCCGCAUCCUCUUCAUCGUGCCCAUCUAUGCCUUCGACUCCUGGCUCAGCCUCCUCCUCCUCGGCAGCCACCAGUACUACGUCUACUUCGACUCAGUGCGUGACUGCUAUGAAGCUUUUGUGAUUUACAGCUUCCUGAGCCUGUGCUUUGAGUACCUCGGGGGGGAGAGCACCAUCAUGUCAGAGAUCCGAGGGAAGCCCAUUGUGUCCAGCUGCUUUUACGGGACCUGCUGCCUUCAGGGCAUGUCCUACUCCAUCGGGUUCCUGCGCUUCUGCAAGCAGGCCACACUGCAGUUCUGCAUCGUGAAACCCCUCAUGGCGAUCAUCACCAUCAUCCUGCAGGCGUUCGGGAAGUACCAUGACGGGGACUUCAAUGUCCAAAGCGGCUACCUCUACAUCACCAUAAUCUACAACUUCUCUGUCAGCCUGGCACUUUACGCCCUUUUCCUCUUCUAUUUUGCCACCAUGGAUCUGCUGCGCCCUUUUAAGCCAGUCCUCAAGUUCAUCACCAUCAAGGCAGUCAUCUUUCUCUCCUUCUGGCAAGGGACGCUGCUUGCAAUCCUGGAGAAAUGUGGAGUGAUCCCUGAAGUUCAGAUCAUUGAUGGGAAGGAGGUGGGAGCUGGGACAGUAGCUGCUGGCUACCAGAACUUCAUCAUCUGCAUUGAGAUGCUCUUUGCUUCCAUUGCCCUGCGCUAUGCAUUCACCUGCCAGGUGUACAGAGAAAAGAAAGAAAACUCCACAGCAAACCUUGCCCCAAUGCAGAGCAUCUCGAGUGGGCUGAAGGAGACCAUAAGCCCCCAGGACAUCGUGCAGGACGCGAUCCACAACUUCUCCCCCGCGUACCAGCAGUACACCCAGCAGUCGAUGCAGGAGGCAGAGCGCAAAGCACCGGGGGAGAACGGGCACACGGCCUCCAGGGCAGAGGGACUGAGUAGCAGAAAGAGCAAAAACAUUGAGAAGAGAGUUCUGAUCCUGUCGGACGAGGAGCUGUAGGAGACAUCAGAGUGGACAGUGACACUGGAGAGGUUUAAACCCAUGCAAACGGGAACUGUCUCAAGCCUGCAACAACGUGGUCCAAUUGGAGCCCCAAGAAGCCAGGAACUCUACCCAAAAAGCCAGUCUAAAAGGGAAGAUGCAAUAUCCCAGGGAAAGGUUAAACCAAAUAGUGCCAGUUUCUGUUGUCCCAGCUCUGCUGAUGUUGGAGACUGGGCUCUCUUUGCUCCUGCGACUAACCAGCCCUGUGUUGUGGUCUGGGCUGGUGUCUUGAUACCAGCUCCAUGCCCAUGCCAGGGGAUGCCAGGCAGGGUGGGGAGCCAGGAUGCAGGACGGAGCAGCCGCCCUCAUGCUCCUCUUACCUCCAAAGCAGUGCUGAGGCCUGAGAGAAAUGCUUUUCUCAGCACAGUUCUGCUCUAAUUUCUCCCAAUUUGAGGAAAAAAAAUGAUCUCGCAGGGCCCCGUGGAGAAAACAAGCCCAGGAAGGUGACUUCACUUCACCUCAAAACCUGGUAACAGCUGAAAGACAUCAUUCUUUAUUUUUACAUCUUCUCCCCUCUCCUUCCCCCAGAAAAGCUUACGGAGUUGUGCAGAAGACCUUUACCAGGGAGGAAGAGUAAGUCAUUCUCUUCUCCCUCCAGAUGGGGUUGCAGCUGUCUGACUCCCCCAGGAGCAGUGGUGGGACCUCAGGGACCUCACUCGGGGCUAACCCGAGGUCUUGCAGCUGUGUUCCUGAGAGCUGCCGGUGACAGAAGCACUUGUUUAUGUCUAAAUCGUCUUAUCUCUGAACGGAUCAGGAGUUAAAAGGGAUUCCAGCUUCCUUAUCAGAGCCUUUAAUAGGGAACCAGACUGUGACCAGUUGCGGUAGGAAUGCGCUUACUGGGAACUGUCUGUUCCUUCUAACCCUUCACUAUUUACUGUCCCUGGGCUUUGCCCAACCUGCAGGAAGGCAGGAGGGAGCUAAGCCCUGCAAUGACAGUGGCAGGGAUGGAGGGGGCCUGUGGGCAGCACUGGAGGGAAGAUGCUGCAUGGAGAGAUUCUCCCCGUAUCAGUGAUGAGAAGCACACAUUCUUCUGUUAAACUUCCCCGCUGUUUUUCUCCCCCCCCAAAUUUUAAUCCAAUUUCUGUUCUUCUGUUAAUCAGAUGAUCCCUGGGAGCUUACUCAGGCACUGUCCAGGCUGUUGUUUGGGGGUGGGAGCUGGGUAGUGAAAGGACCAAGGCAAGUCUGCAACUUCAGAUUUGGAAUCGUGACAAACAAAGCAAUGGGUAAGGCUUAGUGCCGUUUUACACACAGCUCCUACUGGGUUAGUUUUUUCCCCUGCUCUUAAACUGCAAAAUGUAAAUCAAAACACGAAAUUAUUUUAUUUAUGAAUUUUUUUUCUAAUAAACAGCAAUUUCUACC